AUGAAAGGAUCCCAAACUUGGUCAAAACGAGCUACCUGCAGGGUGAAUCCUGCCGUUGUAGUAGGCCACAUCCCGCCGGAGCUGGGAGCUCUCAGGGAGCUGAAGGUUCUCUACCUCAACGCCAACAACCUUACAGGCAACAUCCCGCCAGAGCUAAGAGAUCUCCGACAGCUGCAGAGGCUGUGGCUCAGCAACAACCACCUCACAGGCCAUAUCCCGCCUCAGCUCGGACAGCUUGGCGCCCUGAAGGUCCUCAACCUCUCCAUGAACAAGUUAGAUGGCCACAUCCCGCGGCAGCUAGGAGAUCUUGGCGCCCUCGAGACCCUCAACCUCGGCUACAACAAGCUAGAUGGGCCUAUCCCGCCGGAGCUGGGCAAGCUAACAGCGCUGGUGCAGCUCCGACUGUGGAACAACCAGCUAUCCGGGCCUAUCUCGUCGGAGCUGGGCAAGCUCACAGCGCUCGUCAUUCUCGACCUGUCGAACAACCAGCUGUCCGGCCCCAUCCCAUCGGAGCUUGGGCACCUUUCAGCACUGAAGCAGCUCUACCUUUACAGCAACCAGCUGAGCGGCCACAUCCCGCGGCAGCUAGGAGAUCUUGGCGCCCUCAAGACCCUCGACCUCAGCUACAACAAGCUAGAGGGUGAGUUGAGUCCCAUCCCUGUGGAGCUUGGACGGCUCGCCGUACUGGAGUACCUCAGCCUUGGGGGGAACGAGCUAACUGGGCGCGUCCCGCCGGAGCUGGGAGCUCUCAGCGAGCUGCGGGCGCUGGCCCUGAACAACAACAAGCUGACAGAAGCCUUGAAAAAUUGA